CUUUGGAUAGUAAUCUUUUCGUAUAAACGGAGUGUGAAAAGAUAAAAGAUAAAAAUCAUGAACGCUAUACUACACCUGUGUAAUUUUUAAAUGAACGAACAUACGAGUUAGUUGAAAAAAUCGUUUGUAUAAACGUUCACGAUUUUUUUUCUUCAAAUUUUCAAAAUCUUCAAAUUGAGUGUAAUAUCUCGACAGAAAUGGAAACGGAUGAAAAACCAUCGUGUGUCUCUCGAUACAUUUGCAAUAUCAAGUUUUUCGCAUUUAUUUGCAUAUGCCUUGGUGUAAUUCUUGGUAUUUUGUACUAUCCUAAUGCUUGGAAAUUGUUGGAAAGCAUUGGACAACCAGAAAGUGAGAAUGAAGUGAAGCCAAUCGAUUCUACAGAUAAACCAAAACACAGUACGAAAAACUGGGAUGAUGAUGAAGAGAUAAACAUACUUCGCGAAUAUUUACGAAUUCCAAGUGUUCACCCAAAUAUUGAUUAUGAGCCAUGCGUUGAAUUUUUAACGAGACAAGCGAAAAGCUUAGAUUUGCCCAUGUCUGUGUAUUAUCCAGUGAAUGAUAAGAAUCCAGUAGUGGUGAUCACGUGGGACGGAUUGAAACCCGAAUUAUCCUCAAUUAUGUUGAAUUCACACAUGGAUGUUGUUCCAGUUUACGAAAAAUUUUGGACGCAUCCACCGUUUGCAGCCGAAAUCGAUGAAAAUGGUGAUAUCUUUGCGCGUGGUUCUCUAGAUAUGAAGUCAAUCGGAAUGCAAUAUUUGGCGGCAAUUCGUGCUCUAAAACGGCAAGGCGUAAAACAAAUGAAUCGAACCGUUCACGUCAUAUUUGUACCUGACGAAGAAAUGGGCGGGAUGCAUGGCAUGUACGGAUUCAUUCAAUCUGAAGAAUUCAAAGCGUUGAAUAUUGGUUUCAUGUUGGACGAAGGAGGCGGUAUAGAAACAACGCCCAAUGAACUAGGUGCAUAUUAUAGUGAAAAAACGGCAUGGAUGCUUGAGCUGAUAUUUCAUGGACAUUCCGGACAUGGAUCAAAAUUAUUCAAUGACACUGUUGGUGAAAAAUUAAGCUAUGUUGUCAAUAAAUUCAUGGAAUUUCGAUUUGUCGAAUCAUGGAAAUUGAACGUUUUAAGAUAUCCAAUCGGACAAGUUACAUCGAUUAAUUUGACCAUUUUAAAAGGUGGCACCGAAAACAAUGUAAUUCCACCUGAAAUGAAUGCAAUUUUUGAUAUUCGUCAUUCGGUUGACGCCGAUCUUGAUGAAUUUGAAAAGCAGGUUGAACAGUGGUGCGAGGAAGCUGGGGGAAAUAUUACGAUUAAUUACAUACAAAAGGGACCCAAAGCACUUGCAACUCCUAUUGACGACACAAAUCCAUUUUGGCAGCCUCUCUUAAAUGCGGUUACCGAAUUCAACUUGAAAGUUACUCCACAAAUAAUGUUUGCCACAACAGAUUCUCGGUUCAUUCGAAGUUUGAACAUACCAGCAAUUGGAUUUAAUGCAUACGUAAACAGCACGUUACAUUCAGUGCACGGUCAUAACGAGUUCUUAAAUGCUGAUAUUUAUUUAUUUGGUAUCGACGUGUAUAAGAAAAUUAUUGAGCAUGUGACCAAUGUAUAACACGAAUUAAUCAGCUACGAUAAAAAUGUUGUUAACCAUAGGCUUUUAUUGGAUGGAAAAUUUCACUGAGGUGCAAUUAACGAUACCAAUUCUGACCUUAUUAACGAUUUGACAGAUCUAUAAAAUGCAAUGCCCUUGGAACUUGUAAUAAUGUAAAAUAACAAAUUGGAAGAGAUUUUAUUUUAUUUCCAGUUGCAUGAAAGUAUACUUUAAUCAGGUAGUCUUUUAAAUAAAACUUUGUCAAGUGUUAUGCUAAUAAAACAACAAUGAUAUAUAGACAAACUCCAGAUGCUUCAUGACUAACGUCAUUAAUUAGAAUUAUUUAAUAAAUUAAAACAUUUCCUCCAGUCAUUGU